AUGUCGUUUUCCGCUCCGACACAGUCCACGUCAAAUCGGGCUUCUACGCAAGCAUCCACGGGACCCACGGUCAGCUCACUGCCCGCCUUCCCCAAUAUGGAAGAACGUUAUGACACGGUAGGUAAUCUGGCCAAACGGACCUUGAACAUCGAGCUCCCGGACACACAUCCGACGGCAAAUCGUGCUCUGUUUGUGUUCUCGGAAAACAAUCUGAUUCGGAAAGCAGCUCGAAGUAUCAUCGAGUGGGGAUAUCCUUUUCUUUAA